AGCUUUGGAGGAUUCAGAAUAAAUGUAUUUCUUUGAAAAAAGAGCCGCAAGAACCGGAGGUAGUUUUCUAAAUUGCGACGCGUGACAAAACGAAACGGAGCAGAGAGAGAGAGAGAGAGAGAGCGAAUGGAAACGGAGCUCGCGGUGUUUCUAGCAAUCCCACUCUCGCGAAAGAGGAGUGUUCCCGUUUCCGGUGGCGUGUUUGACAUGUUACUGUAAAUCGGAUGCGCGUGCGUUGUGAGAAAUGCCCGAGAAAGCGCGUGUCCGAGAUGCGCGUCCACCUCCGCGGUGAUGAGACCCAAAGUGACAGAAAUUUCACACUUGAACACUGGAGUUGAAGCUGGGAUUAUGAUCGAGUCCCACUGCGAGCUCUAAUAAUCCCGUCACUUCCAGUGUUUAUAGCACUGAGUGUUCUUUAGCCCAUCGGCCAGGUGAGCUCGCACCUGGUUCCAGAGUGUCCCGAGUGAGACAGGAAGGAAACACACAUCCAGGGAAACAAACUGACAAAGUGUGUGCUCGGAUGCGCAUCGACACAAUAACAUGUCGGUGUUCAGGAAUAUUUAUUUAGUGCAAUAGAAGGAAGCAUCCUGCUUUAAAAGAGCUAGAGGGAAUGGCAUGGGUUCGAACACUGCAGAAAGUUCAAAGGAAAACCCGAGUCACAGGGUGUAAGGGGUAGAGGUGCGACCUCUCUCUCUCUCUCUCUCUCACACACACACGCGCUGAAACUGAGGGAUGAUCAGAGUGUCAGCGAGGCCACACAGAAAGAGGAUUGUACCGGAUUAGUGAGCAACUCCGACCACUAUAAAGUCCCGAGUGAGUGUUGCUGUGUUAUGGGGUUGUUUUGAUUCACUCAGCAGAUCCGUCACACUGUGCGUGGCGUGAUAAAAUCGGAAACGCAUCAGUGCGGAUAUCCAUCUUCAGCAAAGGGCCGGACAAAAUGAUUCCAUGACGGACAGCACUGUGUGAGGUGUGUGUGUGUGUGUGUGUGAGCACGUUGACUCGGACCUGUUGAGGCGGCGCUCCUUGGCGGGGAAUGACGUUGAGCGCGAGCCCGGUGUGGCGGAGGUGAGCGCGCGCUGUCCGUUUCGCCGCUCCGGCUCGCUGUGAGGAUGCUGCGCUUACCGGUAAAGAAAAUCAGGAAGCAGUUCAAGCUGCUGCUGUUGCUCGUGCUGCUCACUUUCGCCGUGUGGUUCACCUACCUGCACAUCAACCAGGGCAAAUCCAUCCGACUGCACUUCAACUACGGCAAAGAUGGAGAGAGGCAAGCAGAGUGGACUGACACCAGUCACAAGAGAAACUCGCGCUCCUCAGACAGAAAUCACAAGAGUGAGGACACCAGCGAUAGCCGUGAAGAAGACACAUCAGAGGAUGAGCUUCAUGCUGCUGCAGCUCACAGAGAUCAGUCUGAGAUCCUGAAGUUCCUUGCUCAGAAGCACAAGAAGUUGCCAUGGAAACCUGAGUAUAAGGGUCAGGCAAACCUGCACGUGUUUGAAGACUGGUGUGGCUCAUCUACAGCUCAGCUCAGAAAGAACCUUCAUUUUCCGCUCUUUCCCCAUACAAGAACUGAAGUGAAGAAACUGGCUGUCGCUCCCAAAUGGAAAAACUACGGCUUACGAAUAUUUGGCUACAUUCAUCCAUACAAAGAUGGGGAUUUCCAGUUUGCAGUGGCCUCUGACGAUAAUUCAGAGUUCUGGUUGAGUUCAGACGAGAGCCCGCUCAACGCCCGUCUGUUAGUCUACGUGGGCCAGUUGGGGUCAGAGUGGACAGCACCAGGGGAGUUCACCAAAUUCAAGUCUCAGGCUUCCAAAUCUGUCCAUCUCAUUGCUUCCAGAAGGUACUACUUUGAGAUUCUGCACAAGCAAGAUGACAAGGGCUCCGAUCAUGUGGAGGUUGGGUGGCGACCUUUCCUGCCAGGCCUAAAAUAUGAGGUCAUUGAUUCUGCAUAUAUCUCCCUGUACACAGAUGAGAGCGAUUUGAAGAUGAACAGCGUGGAUCACAUCCCUCAGACGCUGGCCAGCCACAGUCGACUCCCCGUGGAGACUCAGACCAGCAGGCAGCACGGCGCCGACAUGCUGAAACCCGACCCACGUGACACCUUCUUCAGGACUCCGAUGAUUGACCCUUCUCGGCUGGAGAACGUGCUACCACCUUGUCUGUACUCGCCCACAUAUGUGGUUAAAGACUUCCCCAUUGCACGCUACCAAGGCCUGCAGUUUGUGUAUCUAUCCUUCGUCUAUCCCAAUGAUUUCACCCGGCUAACACACAUGGAACGAGAGAACAAGUGUUUCUACCGGGAGUCGCCCAUUUAUCUGGAGAAGUUUGGCUUCUACAAAUACAUGAAAAUGGAUGAAGAGGAGGAUGACAGGCCAUUCUUCUUCCCCAACCCUGAUGAUUUUCUUGAAGAGGAGGAAGGUGUGGAUCCUGAGGAUGAAGAAGAAAUUGUGGGCACUUCACCAUCAAAGUGGGUCACACGCAUCAGCCAGAUGAGUCACACCUCAAGCCCUUCUCAUACCGGUAGAUCAGGGUCUGUGCCAACCAGGAAGGAGGAAGGUGUGCAGCUAAAAAAGGCAGUACUGAGAGAACAGAGACACUCCUUUCACAAGGACAAGACACUGGACCGGGAUUGGAAGAAAGGGGCGGAGCCAGAAGAUCCUGACAGACAGCCGGAGAUGGCUGAGACUGAGGACACUGAGAAUGUGAAUGUAGUGCACGGUCGCUCUUUGUCUUGGAUUCAGAAACGCAAAGAAGGAAUGAAAAGAAAGGAACACGCCCCUAAAUUGAGCCGAUCCUCUCUCCUGUUCCCACAGAAAUCCUCCCUCACAGCACUCACCAACCGAGCCAAGCAGCUUCUGACCAACUCUGCCCAUGCUGGCCGUAAAGACAAUACUCAUCGCUAUAAUGGAAAAACCCACCCAAACACCAACAAGGAGCGCAAGAAAGACAAUAAAAUCUACAUCACCAGACCCCGGCCUGGGAAUGAGAAAAAAAAUCCUGCCUCACAGCAACCCCGAGAGGUGUUCCCUGGAGUUUUUCUCUAUCACAGUGGGAAAACCACCAAACUAAUGAACCUUAAUUCCAAACCCAAGGUGAGAAAAAGCAUCAUUGGGACUUCUCAGUUCAGGCCCCCUCUUAGAGAAAAUAGAGUCUUCUCUGUGAGCUCAAACUCCAGUGUGGUUCACCUGGCCUCCAGCAGGGCGGUGCUAACGAAUCACACAGACAAGAGCAAAUUGGCAGUUACUCCAGCUAGUUCUAGCCUUCGGCCUGCUUCUCGUGUUACUCCUUCCUCCUUUCACAAUAUAUCUUUGGAAAACACUCUGCCUACCGAAGCUCCCCGGUUCACCUCCUACCUCCGGACCACUGAGAUCACGGAGACGCAGGUGAAUCGAGCAGAGAUGGAGGCUGAGCAGGAGGAAGAAGGUGACCUGUCAGAGUACAGCUAUGAGGAGAUAGAGCCGAGGCCAGGCUGGGCCGAAGAGGCCAUUAACUGGCAGAGGACAUUUUCCGUCAACAGUAUGGACUUUGAGACGUUGCGUUCUGACUGGAAUGAUCUGAGGUGUAAUGUCUCGGGCAACCUACAGCUUCCUGAGAGUGAGGUGGUGGACGUGCUUGCACAGUACAUGGAGAAACUGAAUGAGCAAAAUGGAGGUAUCUACACACUCUUGCGGAUUAUAAAUGUGGAGAAAAGGCGCGACUCGGCGAGGGGGAACCGCUACCUGAUUGAGCUGGAGCUGAUGGAGAGAGGCAGGAAUGUAGUGCGUCUUUCUGAAUACAUCUACCUCCUGCUGCACCGUGGCCGGAUUGAGGAUAGUCUGGAGACUAGCGAUGGAGUGACUGGCUCACCCCCCUCCGCUCCCAUCUCACCCAGACCCUCGGCCUCCUCUCAGCCGCUCACCCGCACCGCCCGUACUACCCCACGACCUGGGACGGUCUAUGCCAAACCACUGCUCUGUCAGCCGGUCAUGCUGCAGUGGAAAAGAGAUGUUAUGGUGCACUUUGUGGUGCCUGUGAAGAACCAGGCUCGCUGGGUCCAACAGUUCAUCACUGACAUGGAGUUCUUACACCAUGAGACCAAAGACGAGAACUUCAACAUCAUCAUUGUGGAUUUCCAGAGUGAUGACAUGGACAUAGAGCAGGCUCUGGGAGAAAGCUCUGUGCCAAGAUAUGACUAUCUGAGGAGGGAAGGGAAUUUUGAACGCUCAGCUGGAUUGCAGGUUGGAGUGGACACUAUUGAGGACAGUCACAGUAUCGUGUUCCUGUGUGACCUGCACAUUCACUUUCCCCUCAACAUCCUGGAGAGCAUCAGGAAGCACUGUGUGGAGGGCAGGCUGGCCUUCGCUCCAAUCGUCAUGAGACUGGGCUGUGGGAGCUCACCGCAAGAGCCUGAUGGAUACUGGGAGGUGAAUGGCUUUGGCUUGUUUGGAAUCUAUAAAUCUGACUUUGACAAAAUCGGCGGCAUGAACACAGAGGAGUUUAAAGAUCGCUGGGGAGGAGAGGACUGGGAACUGCUGGACAGAGUGUUACAGAACGGUCUGGAGGUGGAGAGGUUGAGAUUGCGGAACUUCUUCCACUACUAUCACUCGAAAAGAGGCAUGUGGAACUCCCAGAUAAAGAAGAACUCGAAAGGCUAAGAUUCAGCCCAUAUAUUUAUCUACGGAAACAAAAAAAAAAUUCAGUUAAACAAAUGGGCUGUCCUGAGCUGUCACAUGACCUCUGAUGAACCUCUUAUGAACCAUACAGGAGGGACACACAUGGACACGGCCUGGCUACCUUUUUCUAUGAACUUCACUCCAACCCAAGAGCACUCACCGGACUCUUCUUUGUGUGUUGUGUGUUCUGUGUGUGUGGAAGUGUGUGAGAGAUUCUUUAUUUGUUAGAAGAGGAUUUUUUUUAAUAUACUUGAAGUAACCAUGCCUGGAAAUUUCUACUAAAAUUGAAGGUAAGUGCAGCUAAAAUGAGCUGCAGUGAGAAAGCAGUCUGCUCAGUGGUUAGUGCAAGAACACUGUAACGCUAUCAAGUUAAAUUUCAGGAGAAUUUUUAGAGAAGUUGCUUGACGUGUGCCUCAUCAUGCUGUUAAAUAUGAAGGUAAUUGUGUAGAAGCUUAGCACUGUGGGUAGAUAUGUCCUCUAUGGGUAUAAGAAGUUGUUUUUUAAUUACUACAGCACUGAUUCCUGUUGAAGUGCAGGCUAAUAUUUCUGUAUUCCUAGAGCUGUAUAUAUGUCCUAAUAUCUGCCAGCAGAGGGCAACACUGAAACACUGAUAGAGAUGAAUGAGAGUAUAUGCAGUGGACAAUAUGGUGCUGCUGAAAAGUUAAACAAAUCACCACCAUGUUCAUGUUUGGGCAGGAGAAAUGGGAGAGUAUUAGCCUGGUGCCUGCUCAUAUUCGAUAUAGACAUUCCUCCUGAUCACGUUCUGACAUGUCACUCUUCCUCUACAUCGUUCCCCCCCCCACUUCUGUAUUGGGUUGAUGUGACUAGGCUGAGCUGAUAGGGUUAUGGGCCUUGCCCAAGGGCCAAACACUGGCAGCUUAGCAGUGCUGGGGUUCAAACCCCUAACCCUUCGAUCAAUAACCAGAGCCUUAAUCACUGCCCUUCUGAAAUGACAUCAAUAGAUCAGGAUAAGCCAGUUACCCUUCAACCUGCAUGAAAAUACCGUAUAUCCUGCAGAAAAAUACCAUGUGAUCACAUCACUAUGAUCAUAACUCAAAACGCAAGAUUUAAGCAGACUAGCUGCUGAUGAAGCGUCUGCUGAAAACCAUUAUCUGAAAAAAAAGGUAUAUGCAAUAACUUUAAUAAUAAGCUGUGGUUGUUGAAAGGAGGAAACAAAUCCAUAUUGUUUGUUAAAUGGAAUGGAUUUCUCACAUACUAUGUCAUAUACCGUAAAAUGAUGGAGAAACUCGCUGUUCUGGGACCUGUGUUUAAAGGUGGGAUCGGUUCAUUUUAAGUCAGAUCACGACUUGGUACUCUUCUAACUAGUAAUAAUACAUCUGCUCAGUCUCUGUAAGCAAGAAAGAAAAAAAAAACAGUGAUGUCAUUCAACAACAUCCAGCCAAUCAGGUAAAGAAGGCAUGAUGUCUGUCAUUUCAAAAGGUUUCCACUAGUAUUUUGGCUUUUAAGCCGACACAGUGUAUGUACGUUUUAGGAGUGUAGAUUUUAAUGUUUCAGCUAACAGUGACUUAAA